AUGCUUCGUCCAGAAUCGCUACUGACCCUCCUCCUCGUCGCCCUCUGCUCGCUAUGGAGCACCGCCGAAGCUUCCACCGGCGAUCGAUUACCCGAGUUCCGGGAAUGCGUCAAGCUCGAACCGCGCCUCCAAACAGCUAUCUGGGCUAACAUUAGAGCUUCUCCGUCUCUCGCAGCCCUCCACCUCCGCCUCCUCUUCUGGACCUGUCCGCAGGAAUGCGACUACACGUGCCAGCAUAUCGUGACGCAGCGGCGCGUGGCCGCGGGGAAGCCCGUAACGCAGUUCCAUGGAAAAUGGCCGUUUAAGCGGUUUCUCGGGAUGCAGGAGCCUUUCUCGGUGCUGUUUAGCCUGGGAAACCUGAUAGCGCAUCAUAAUGGGCUGACCAAGGUCCGCGGGUCGAUCCCGGCGGCGUACCCGCUGCGUCGGUAUUACGAGAUGUUCGCGUACUUCGGCAUUGCGACCUGGAUCUUCAGCGCUAUCUUCCAUACCCGCGACUUCCGCUUCACUGAGCAGCUCGAUUACUUCGCUGCUGGCGCUGGCGUCCUCUACGGCAUGUACUACACCCCGAUCCGCGUCUUCCGCCUCGACCGCCCCACGCCCCGACGCCGCAGCCUUCUUCGGAUUUGGACCGUUACUUGCUGCGCUUUAUACGCCGCGCACGUCGCAUACCUAAAGCUGUGGCGCUGGAAUUACACAUAUAAUAUGACCGCCAACGUAAUUGUGGGCUUAAUACAAAACAGUCUUUGGAGCUACUUCAGUUUGAAGAGGUGGUCCGCGACCCAUCGAUCGUGGGCCAUCUGGCCGGGUAUCGCCGUUGCGUGGAUUAUGACGGUUAUGGGCUUGGAACUGCUGGACUUCCCACCGUUGUGGGGAGCCUUGGACGCGCACAGUCUAUGGCACCUAGGCACCAUCGGCCCUACCAUACUAUGGUACAAUUUUAUGGUCAAGGAUUCCCAGGAGAACAUCGCGCACGCGGACUGGAUAAAAGAUAUUAAGGCCUAACAAACAACACGUCUUUACUGGUGAAGUUGAUCGAAUGUUUAGAGUCGAUCGUUGUAUAUCCAAGCGUGGUGCGGUCUAUGGCGUUCAAGAAAUCUCUGGUAAUAGGUCCAUCAUUUUUUCGGCCGGCAAAAAGGGAAUAAUAUCAUAGAAACAGGGAGUUUGAGGUUCGAAUCAAAGUUAAUAGAGACUAGGUUAAUACCUAUCAUUGACUA